UGUAAGGUGCUUCUUUAUUUAUGGUUUCAGGUGCCUCUUUUGAUCAAGAGAAUGUAAGUCAUUUCUCUAGCUAGUGACAUCUCGUUUAUAAAAGACCCUGACGAUUCCUUUGGAAACCUAUGACCCGCAGUCUCUCCGCCCUCCGUCCACUGAGGAGAGGCUUAGUCAUCACUCGGUGUUGCAAUGGGUGUGACUCACAGAGAAAUAGAGAAGACUUCACACAUGCAGGUCUCAGAGCUGUGGCAGAAGCCCAGGCACCUUGAGAGGAUCAGCUUGCUCAGGGCGGCGCUUCCUUCUCCCGGGCACGGCAGGAAGGUGGCAAUCAGCUGAGUGAGCCUCCAGCAGCUUCUGCACUUCCAGUCAUCUCCGGCUGUGGCGGCGAGGACACCAUCCUUUAUUGUUCGUGAGAGAAGUGUCCCUGUCGCGUAUAGGAGAAAGAAAAUGUUGAUGUUGUUUUGGGUGUUGGCCCUCCUUGUCCUGUGCACUUUGCUGUGGAAUUACAAAGGACAACUGAAGAUAGCAGAUGUCACCGACAAGUACAUUUUCAUCACUGGUUGUGACACAGGCUUUGGGAACUUAGCAGCGAGGACUUUUGAUAAAAAGGGGUUCCGUGUCAUCGCUGCCUGCCUGACUGAGUCAGGAGCGACGGCUUUGAAGGCAAAAACCUCAGACAGACUUCACACGGUGCUUCUGGAUGUCACCGACCCUGAGAAUGUCAAGAAGACUGCCCAGUGGGUGAAGAGCCAUGUUGGGGAAAAAGGUCUGUGGGGGCUGAUCAAUAACGCUGGUGUCCUGGGCGUGCUGGCUCCCACUGAUUGGCUGACGGUGAACGACUACAGAGAACCCAUUGAAGUUAACCUCUUCGGACUCAUCGACGUGACGCUCAAUAUGCUUCCGCUGCUCAAAAAAGCGCGUGGGCGCGUUAUCAACGUCUCCAGCGUCGGAGGCCGGCUUGCGUUUGGUGGUGGGGGCUACACUCCAUCCAAAUACGCGGUGGAAGGUUUCAAUGACAGCUUGAGGCGGGACAUGAAAGCUUUCGGUGUGCAUGUCUCGUGCAUUGAACCAGGACUGUUCAAAACGGAACUGGCAGAUCCCAAGAAGACAACUGAAAAAAAGCUGGCCAUUUGGGAACACCUGUCUCCAGACAUCAAACAGCAGUACGGAGAAGACUACAUCGAAAAAAGUCUACACAAACUGAAAAACAAUACAAGCUCUGUGAACUUGGACCUCUCUCUGGUGGUAGAGUGCAUGGACCACGCUCUAACGAGUAUCUUCCCCAAGACUCGCUACACCGCUGGAAAAGAUGCCAAGACGUUUUGGAUCCCUCUGUCUCACAUGCCAUCGGUUUUACAAGACUUUUUAUUGCUAAAACAGAAAGUAGAGCUGGCAAAUCCCAAAGCGGUGUGACUCAAUCGACCACAACGGCCUGCCCCAAGUUUUGAGGCUGGCUGAUUUCAAAGACUAAUCAUUUCAAUCUCGGUCUUUACCAAACCCGACUUGGACUCAUUUAGAGCAUGUUCCUGUUUAUAAAAGAGGGAGUUCCAGGGUCCCUUAAGUCUUCUUUGAAAAUAAGGACAGAGAAGGCUUAUCACGCAGUCAAUCUUGCCUGAUACUGAAGCCUUGCCUGAUUGGUAGGAUGAAAGGGAAACAAAGACUUCUAUCCAAAUAUGUGUGCUGCUACCUGUCCCUUGCUGGUUCAGUAAGCCAGAAAGUUAAGCACUGUGUUUUGUCAAAAUGUUCAGAGAUAAGAAGGCUUUCAUAAGUGAACCUGAUGGCUCUGGUAUCUCGCUGAGAAGGAGACACAGGCUGGAACUCAACUAGGUUCUGAUAAGCUUUGACAGGAACAAGAAAGUGGUCAAGCAAGCACUCACUGGUACAAACUGAGAGGCCAAGGCCGUGAGCAACACAGGGAAGAUAUACGAACAAAAAGACAAGAGACAGGGAAGGAAACGAGAGGCAGGGAGACUCCAGCCCAAGCUCCACACUCCAGAGGGACACAGAAGAUGCACCACCACGGCUGCUGUGACGUCAUCCCGUCUGGUCCCAGUCCCAGAGGCCCUUCACCUCUGGCUUCACUGUCAGCUGCAUCAUGGCAGAAAUUCACCAGCACCAUUGGCUGCAGCCACUUCCUGUUUCAAUGGUCAGGUUCUUGGCUCCAUUUCACAGACUCUGUAGCUUGCUGCCCUUCGACUGUCCAGAUGUCCCAAGGCUGCCAAGAUCUGCAGAAUCUGAAGGAAACUCCUUUGCUGAUCUUCCCACUGUAUUAGUCGGAUUGUUUGAUCUUCUGAUUCUGUAUUUGUUUUGCCUUUUUCUGCGACAGUUUUUUUUUUAAUUCCUUUAAUUAGCUACAAUUUGCUGUUUCUUCCAACCAGAAACUAAGUAACAUGCAGUCCAGCAUUAAGACCAAGCCUGUCAACUGUGUUACCCACUUUAAAGUGCCAGCUGCGUUUCUGUUACGCCUCUGUUACUUCCUCCUCAGUUGUAGCUCAGUCAUCACCUUCCCCUCAGAGAAGAUUCAAUGGACCACAGUGGUUACUCUUCACCUCUUGGGUCAGAGAUACUGUGAAGGAGCCUGCGGCCAUAAUAAGCCAUCUGAGCCCAGGGGGCACCAAAUAAACCCAGUGUUAAGAACAAAUUACUAAUUUCUGUAGCUUGAAAGCAGGGCAUGUCUACACCAUCCAGACUAAAAAGAAUCUCCUCCAUUUAAUUCUUUUUUUUGUUUUUUGUUUUGUUUGUUUUGUUGCUUUUUUUUUUUUUUUUUGAGACAGGGUUUCUCUGUAGCUUUGGAGCCUGACCUGGAACUAGCUCUUGUAGACCAGGCUAGCCUUUUUUAAAAUUUAUUUACUAAUAUCUCCAAAAACCCUGAAACAUCUGUGGGGAGCUCAGCCUCGUAUAUAAUGAGAAAAAUUCCCAGGAAGCUUCUAAGAAAACUGCUCAAAUUUUAUCCUUCUGCACGGUAUCAGUCCUAAUAGUUCUUGGUAGAAUAAAAUAUCUAGACUCAUUUACUAUGUGGAGGAAGUAGCCACACAUCCUCAAAAUGAAAAAAACAACAACUCUGGUAUCUACAAGUGAUUUGUAUCAAUUUUAGUAUAAGUGAUCACUUCCUGAAUUCUUGAAUGCCAAACAAGACAAUUCUGC